UUUUCACGCUGUUUCGCAUUUUCUUGCUCGCUCCAGCUAGUCUGCUCCGUCUGCCCGCAGCAGCAGAUAGGCUAGGCCACUGCGGGAAAGAUGGCGACGACGGAUAAACAGAAACAUGAAGGAAGAGUGAAAAUCGGUCAUUAUAUUCUCGGAGACACACUUGGAGUGGGGACGUUCGGGAAAGUUAAAGUGGGGCAGCAUGAGCUGACCAAACACCAGGUGGCUGUGAAGAUUCUUAACAGACAGAAGAUCCGCAGUCUGGAUGUGGUGGGGAAGAUACGCAGAGAGAUCCAAAACCUCAAGCUCUUCAGGCAUCCUCACAUAAUUAAGCUGUACCAGGUGAUCAGCACCCCAACAGACAUCUUCAUGGUGAUGGAGUACGUGUCCGGAGGAGAGCUCUUUGACUACAUCUGCAAAAAUGGAAAGCUGGAUGAGAAGGAGAGCCGUCGUCUUUUCCAGCAGAUCAUCUCAGCAGUAGACUACUGCCACAGACACAUGGUGGUGCACAGGGACCUGAAACCUGAGAACGUCCUGCUGGACGCACAGAUGAACGCCAAGAUCGCCGACUUUGGUUUGUCAAACAUGAUGUCGGACGGAGAGUUUCUGAGGACAAGCUGUGGUUCUCCGAACUAUGCUGCCCCUGAAGUCAUCUCUGGAAGGUUAUAUGCAGGUCCUGAGGUGGACAUCUGGAGCAGCGGGGUGAUCCUAUAUGCCCUGCUGUGUGGGACACUGCCCUUUGACGAUGACCACGUGCCAACGCUCUUCAAGAAAAUCUGUGACGGGAUCUUCUUCACUCCCCAGUACCUGAACCCCUCCGUCGCCGCCCUGCUCAAACACAUGCUGCAGGUGGAUCCCAUGAAGAGGGCCACCAUCAAAGAGAUCCGAGAGGAUGAAUGGUUCAAAGAUGAGCUCCCCAAGUACCUGUUUCCAGAAGACCCAUGCUACAGCAACAACAUGAUCGACGACGAGGCCCUGAAGGAGGUGUGUGAGAAGUUUGAGUGCACUGAGGAGGAGAUCCUGACUUGCCUGUACAGCCGCAACCACCACGACCCACUGGCUGUGGCCUACCAUCUCAUCAUUGACAACCGCCGCAUUAUGUCCGAGGCCAAGGACUUCUACCUGGCCUCCAGUCCCCCAGACUCAUUCCUGGACGACCAGCAUCUGACCGCCGCGGCCGGCCUUAAGCCCCACCCGGAGCGUAUGCAGCCCUUCCUGGCGGGGGAGACCCCUCCCCGGCCAAGACACACGCUGGACGAGCUGAACCCCCUGAAGUCGAAGCACCAGGGGGUGAGGCGGGCCAAGUGGCACCUGGGGAUCAGGAGCCAGAGCAGGCCAAAUGAUAUUAUGUCUGAGGUGUGCCGUGCCAUGAAGCAGCUCGACUACGAGUGGAAGGUGGUGAACCCGUACUACCUGCGUGUGAAGAGGAAGAACCCAGUGACGGGCAUGCAGACCAAGAUGAGCCUUCAGCUCUACCAGGUGGACGGCAGGACCUACCUCCUGGACUUCCGUAGCAUAGACAAUGACAUGUUGGAGGCUAAAUCUGGGACUGCCACUCCUCACCAGACUGGUUCAGUGGGGAACUACCGCACGGCCCUUAAGAACGAAGCUGCAGCGGCUGCAGAGGGGGGGUCCCAAACUGAGGGGGCUAAGGAGAACGCUACCCCUGCCACUAAGGCCUCAGAGAGCUCCCUGGCCUCCUCGCUCACCUCCUCCGUUGACUCAACAGGAGGCGACCUCGCACCCAUGACUGCGGUUCCGCGGCCCGGCAGCCACACCAUAGAGUUCUUUGAGAUGUGCGCCAAUCUCAUCAAACUACUUGCACGAUAGCUUGCAAUCAAAUAAAACAACGUUAGCCUUUUUUCCUCUGAGUGUCUUUAUAAGCAAUAAGCAUGCAACCGAUUUCAUGGCUCGAUUCAUCCCUACCGCAGGCGGGUGAGACUGCUAGGGUUGUUCCAAGGCACUGAUGAUGCAGGUUCAGUUCGCAACCCUCCUGACUGACUUGGGAGUUGUCAGAGCACGGGUGGGCUUUAGGAAAAGGUGAACGACAAUGACCAAGCAACUUCAUUAUAAUCAUGAUGACAGAAUACUAUUUUAGAGGUGGUUUUACAUUUUCAUGAUCAUUAUUAUUGGCCUACGACUAUUUUCCCCCCUAUUUGAUCACGUUCCAAACAGCGUGUGUGUGUGCUAAGUCUGAGUGAUGCACAGAAUUUGCUGUACUGUGCUCAGUGGGCGUUGCUGUGCUUUUUUUCAGUAGAGAAAACAAACGCACGUUUCUGCGUGCGGAAAGGAGAGCUGUAAGGUUUUGGGGGGUGCACUUCGGGUAGCUGAGGGGAACGAGGCACUUUUGCACAGUUCCGCUGUUCUGCCUGUUUCUCUAUAGUAGAUGUCUGAGAUGCCUGUGCGAAUUCGGGACACUGCACUACAGGCCUUUCAGGGGUAGCUGCACUGACCAUAACAUGGGUUGUCAUGCCAACAAUGUCCGUUUGACUCACUGAGGAAGUGCAAUUACCCUCUCGAUCGCGUCAGGCGAAAAAGGGAGUUACUACUUCAUCAGAAUUAUUAUUUUUUUGUGAAAUUGAAUUGUUAAGACUAGAUAUCAAUGUUUGUCUGUCUGGAUUGGUCUGUCCCCUACAUAAUAUAAAGAAUUAAAAAAAUUAUAUGCAUUUUGAUUUCAGUGCUUUAAAUGGGAAUUGUAGAUUUAUAUUGAGAAAUUAUUACUGACUGAAAGGUUCAUUUUUCUUUUUUCGUUGCGAUGCCAUUUUAUUCCUUUACAGCUUUUUAAAAUGAUACAUUUUAUUUUUUAAUCAUUUCUAUGCACAUGAUUGUUUACCCUCACACUCUCAAUGAGACCCACUGUCCUAUUAUGAAUUCAAAAGUAAAUUGUUAGAUUUGUAAAAUUAUCUUGAGGUUAGGGGCUACAUGUGUUCAUAAAUCUGAAUGCACUUUUCUUGGCCCACAUCCCCCACAAGAAGCUACAUUUGAAUUUAAGUUUACAUAUUUUCCCAAACCUUAAAUUUGUCAGGUGCAUUUGGAGAUUUUUUUUUUCUGUCAUUCUGUUAGCUGCCUUAUCAAUACUGUUGAUCAGUUGUAUAUCAGUGAGUAUAAAAGAGACAUCUACUUCUAUCCUCUUGCGUUGGGCUGGUUCUGGUCUGAAGAAAUCUUGCGUAUGGAUUAUGUGACUGCAAGGUCUCCUUUUUAGACCAAAUGCUCAUUGAAAUAUUUAUAGGACUACAAACAAACUCUUUAGUUUUCAAGGAUGCGUAAGUUCUGAUUCCCAGUAGUGCAUAAGGUGAAUUGUGGGGUUGUUUUGAAAAAGUGUGAGGCCAUGAUCGGCUUAUGUGGGUUGCACAUUGGGUGAGUAGUUUUUCUCCUUUUAAGUGGGAGUGUUAAGUUCUGACUAUUUGCAGGAUCAAUAUCAAUCAUUGUAUCUGUCUUAACUGCUUAAACCUUGUUUUAUUUGUUGUGUAAAGGGACCCUACUACUAGAAUGACCAAUGUAAAUGUCAAAUGGACAGUGUUUAAAUCAUUUGUAUAAAUAACUGCCUAAUAAAACAGAUCAAUUGCACAA